CGCAAAAGCGAUUUUUCACAUCCGCCAUUUGUGAGCUUGGGAAUAGCACGUCAAACACAACGAUCUACCCUCUAGAUCAUUUCAACAAUUAAACGUCACCCUCAUCGGUUUCAUAGUAAAAAAUUGUUCGUCGAAUGUGGUAAGUUUUCAGAAUCCAGGAAUUGGCCUUAAAAUGGCGGGUGAAGCACAAAACAAUCCUCAACAGGAAGUCAUCGCCGAAGAAUACAUGUCGUCCCUGGCCGACUUGACGGUGAAUAGCAAGCCUCUCAUCAAUAUGUUGACCAUGCUGGCCGAGGAGAAUGUCGACUCUGCCCCAGUCAUCGUCAAAGUUAUUGAAAAGCAUCUAUCACAGGUGAAGCCGGAGAUGAAGUUGCCUGUUCUCUACUUGGUGGAUUCUAUAGUGAAGAAUAUUGGCGGCGCUUACACAUCGCUCUUCACGCAGAACAUCGUGUCUUCAUUUUGCAGUGUCUUUGAAAAGGUGGAAGAAUCGACGCGAGCCUCGAUGUUUAAACUUCGCCAGACAUGGUCGGACGUAUUCCCGCCUAAAAAACUUUACGCCUUGGACGUUCGAGUUAAGUCGAUCGAUCCUGCAUGGCCCGUCACUGCACCGCUACCUACAAGUAUUCAUCUUAAUCCCGCGUUCCUACCCAAGGAGGAACGCGUGGGAUAUAAACCCAAUUCAACUAGAAAGUCGAGUUCUAGCAGCGUUACCAAACCAACUAAGCCGGCCGCAAAAGUAGCACAACCGGCUGCCGUACCUACUGUGCCUGCAAGCGACCUUUGCGAAACAGAAAUGCGUGAAAGUCUUCUGAAGAAGCAAAAGGAACUGCUUGAACUUCAGCAAAAGAAAUUAGAAAUUGAGCUGCUGCAAACCAAAGCCAGACUCCAACAACAACAGAUACAGCUCAUCAGCACAGUUCAGAAAUCCCCACUCGAUGUGGCUAAUGGACUACCAAUUCCUGAAGAAACUCCAGCUUUCUUCGCUGCGAGUCCGUUAGAUGACACUAAUCUACCGGUUCCACCACCGUCCGAUGCCUUCACCGUUCCAGAACCGAUGGAAUUGGCCCUGACGCCUCCAGAUGUUAGCAUAGAAGAGCUGAUUAUUCAACAACCCGUAGCCAUAACCGAACCAGUGGAACCACACCACCGUUCCAGUCGUUCCCCGGAGAAGAAGACGGAAGCAAAAAAAGAGAAAAAAGAUAGGGAUAGGGACCGAGAUAAGGAACCUGGACGCAAGAAAUCACGAAAAGAUUCUGGCCAAGAGGAUUCUCGCUCCAAAUCCAAGGACUCCUCUCGCGCACGUAAAGGCAAGGAACAACACCAUCCCGAAAAUGUGAUCGUAUUAGACUCUGAGACUGGCAAGGGUCCGUCUGGUGAAGACGAGGUGGUAGUGGUUGGCGGACGAGCUGCUCCACAAUCCCGGAAUCAGCCCAACUUGCGAGAAGCAGCCAAGGCAAUGCCUCGCAUUCCAAAAAUCAGUCAACGCCACCCGUCUGCGACUGGCCCGUCAGCCCCACAAAGCCGUGACCCGCGAUUGAUGAUGCUCAAACCAAGUCAGGCUGAAAGGCGUAAAAUGGAAACCAUAAAGAAAGAAACCGUGGUCGAACCCAAGAAAAGACGAACCAAUCGUUUUGACGAUUUGUUUGGUAACGAAGACAUCGAUUUAAGAAAAGUGCCUGCCGUUCCAGUUAUCCCUGCAGUUCCAGGCGUGGUCAUUCCACCUCCAUUAGCAACCCGAGAAAGUCCGCCACGAGGACCAUGGCCACCAUCAAAACGAGGUCAUGCUGCCCCUCGUGGUCGAGCAGCCUGGCCUAGCCGAGGAGGACGUGGUGGACGAGGAGGCCUUCGUGAAGAAGAAGAAAGAGAACAGGAUGGCAGCGGUUCACCUCGCAACAUGGACUACAUUUUGGAACAAGCCAAGGAAAAUCAUCGCAACGGAGUCAUCAACGACGGCGAGUACAGCACCAUCAUUCGCCAAGUCUUCCAAAUGUCGGAAACGAAGAUGAUUCGUGAAGUUCAACGUCGCGAGUCAUUCUCUGGUCCUCCGGGUCCGCAUGGUCCACACCCCGGCAUGGAACAUGAUUUUCGCUUCCCCGGUCGAGAUCUUCCGCCCGGACCGCCUGGACCGCCUUAUGGUCUUGAGCCAUAUGGUCCUGAACCCUUUGGCCCUGAGCCUUUCGGUCCUGAACAAGACAGAGGAUGGAAUGAUCCCCGUCGAGGUGGUGGCUUCCCGCCUGGUGGACCAUUCCCUCCUGGCCCAGGUCGUAUGCAACGUUUUGAUAUGAUGCAGCCGGGUCGUGGUCACCAUGGCCCAGGUGGUAUGGGUCCGAUUAACUCUGCUUUUGAGGUUAGGCCAGAUGAAGACAUGAAAACCAUCCCAAUCGAUAACAUACCUCGCGAAAUUCGCUUCUAUGGAGACAAAGCAAUCAUUCUUAUGGCCGCCGAUGACCCCCGUCUCCUUGGUUUUCAGACUUGCGUUCGACGCGUUUUGCUUGAUAAUAUGCCUGUAGAUUGUACGGUUGGUAAUGACUACGUGGAUUUCCAUUUCGACGGACAACUCCAUAAAAUUAAAAUAGGAGCACCUACCAGAGAACUAUAUAUUGAUGGAACCUGGUAUGAGUGCAUGUUUGGUGGGCCACCUAUUACAGUUAAUUUGAGCGGCCGUCCAGUACAGGCGAUUUUGGAAGGUCCACCUCCCACCGUAAAAAUUGGCACCGAACGUCGAUUGGAUCUUUUGGCUGGCCGUGUAACAAUGAUCAUUGAUGCCCAUAGUGUCAUCCCUGUUUAUUUAGAUCUCAAACUGCAGCACUUUGAAAUGGAUGGCAAAGUCUUCACUUUGCAAUUCAAAGAUGCACUGCGUACAGCGGUGGUUGACGGUAAUCCGUACAGUGUUGACUUUGGUGGUUUGCCUAUGGGUAUCUACCUUGACGGUCGCAAGCAUUUUGUUCGCUUCUCGUCACUCCCACGUGGUGUUGAACCCGGCCGUGUUCUACAACCUCUUACUCAAAGUGAAGAAAAUCGCCGUGCUCUGGAUGAAGAGAAAACCGCUAGUCAAACUCCUCCAUUGAGUACGGUCAAUAUUGGUGAACUCUUGUCCAAGUUGGUGGCCACUGGCUUGUUACCCGGUACUACACCUGAAGUUGCGAAACCGGCGCCUGUUAAACCUGAAAUAAAACAAGAAGAGUUGAAAAUGCGAGUGGUUGAUUUAACUGAUUCCGAGAGCAUGAAAGUCCGUCCCAAUGUCGCGAUAUCCAUGCUCUACAGUGGCAUGCAAUGUGGCAGUUGCGGGUUACGAUUCCCUGCCGAUCAGACGGUGCGUUACAGCACUCAUCUUGAUUGGCAUUUCCGACAAAACAGACGAGAAAAAGGCGCAUCGAAACGGCCUCAAAGUCGUAAAUGGUAUUGCAGCGUUUCCGACUGGAUUCAGUUUGAAGAAACAGAGGGUUCCGAGGAAAAACGAUUGAAUUGGUUCGAAGCUCAAGCGAAAGAAAAGUCAGAGAAAGAUGGAGAGCGAAUUGGAGAUGAAUCAACUUCCAGGGAAGAGAGUACUUCAGUUGCAGUUGGCAGUGCCCCCGAAGAGAAUAAAUGCUUCGUGUGUCAUGAAGAACUAGACCAGUUUUUCCACGAAGAAAGUGAAGAGUGGCACUUGAAAGAUGCUGUUCGCGUUGAAGGAAUAACCUUUCAUCGUUUGUGCUAUCGGGACCAUCUCACCAACAUGGAAACUGGAGCUUAUUCCCCCUCCGAUGCUUUGGAUGAAUAUCAAUCGGGUAACGAAGAAGGAGGCAAAAGUUCCUCCGAGGAUGAAAAACAGGCAUCAUGUGAGGAUGAACCUGCAUUCGAAUUGCCAGACACGAAAAAAGAUGAAACUGAUAAAGACCUUAUGGAUAUGCAUGUCAGUCUGUCAGAUAUAAACACUGGACUUCCUUUCCUUGAAACAGAACCGAUCAAAAUGGAAAAGAUUGAAGAGGUGAUAUCACAAGAACAAAUUGUCGGCUUAAAUAUCAAAACAGAACCUGUUGGCAAUGAGAUGCAGUUCGAAGUUAGCGUUACUCAGAGCGAACCGGUUCAACCUGAACGAGCCGUCGAAACGAGUUCAUCGAGUAGUGUAAAAACCGAGGCGCUAGACGUUCUUGAAAGUGAUUAUUUACCGAUUGCAACGAGUCAAGAAAUAGGACCCACCAGUUAUGAUCCUAAUCAGACGGAUUUCACAAACAUACUCGAAGAAGAAAUCAGUAAAAUUUGUACUGUCAGUGUGUUAAAAGACGAUGCAGACCUGCUUGAAAGUUUGGACGAAGUUAAAGCAAGUGAAGUAGAAAGUUCGGAUGCCAUUGAGGAAAGCAUAGUGGAAAGUUUGAAUGUGAUCAGCGACAGCGAAAAUUUGCAUCUUAACUUGGCUGAAGUACGCGAGAAUGAAAAUCUACUUGAUGACAUGGACGAAGCUCCUCGAAAUGUUCAGGAGCCGAUAGACAAAAUGGAAUCUACAGAAGUUUUAGAAGGAUCAAGUUCUCCAGCCACGCUUGCUCCUCGAAUUUCCGAAGAAAUCGAAUGUCGAGACUCGAUCUUGAGCGAAGAAACUGAACCGAUUGUUGAACCUGUGGUUGCGGUUGUUCAGACUCCCACGGUGAACUCUUCGCUUGAUGGCAAUGUUGAAAUGACCAACAAACAACCUGCUCCAGCGCCUACUGCUGGAAUUAAAAUUAAAAUUAACCUCUUCAAUAAAGCGUCAACUAUUGCAUCUACAGUACAACAGGUUGUGCCCCCCACACCCCCACCAUCCGAGACGACGUUAGUUCCUUCGGCCGCGAAUGUACCAGAAAAUAGUAACAAACCAUUAAUUCCUACUGCUGACGAAAACGCUGUGAAUAACAAGCCAAGAUUGGCUGGCCGAAAAUUAACGGUACUCCCUCCUAUGACUAAAGGUGUUGAGACCUCCGGACUUUGUUCCAUUAUGUAAAAAAUUUACCAUUCUUGCGGAUAUUGUUAAACCUGAACGAUACGCUGUAAAUAUCGUAAGCAGUGUGGUAUGAAUAAACGUCUACUUUGUUUAUUUUUUAAA